AUGUACCAUAAAAUGUUCUGUAAAUUAGAUGUGGAUUCAAAUUUGGAAAGAAUCGAAUUUGAUCCGAUUAUUAGCGAAAGUAGCAAAAAUGUCACCGUUUUAAAAAGUCUGUUAAAACUUAACAAAAGUGUAUUAAAAUAUUCUCGACAAAAUCAUUUAUCAAAUUCGUGUUAUAAAGCCGAAGAUUCCAACCAGUAUAACAUAAAAGAUCAAAAUAGUAAAUACGACAAUGUAAGUGAAGAUCAAAAUAACACCCAAAAUAAAGCAACAGAGAAUAGUAAUUUACUAAUACUGUCAACAGAGGUGAAAAAUAAUCAAAAUUACAGAGAUCUGUUCAAGUAUUUACUACUCCAGUACAAGUACCUAGUCAGCCUAUCAACGCAGUCGAAAUCAUUUAUUAACAAAAAGCUGAACAAAAGCAGAAUAAUUCAGAAAUACAAGAAGUAUCAGAAUUUACUCAAACAAUUAAGUAACUAUGAAAAUAGUUUGCAGGAGAUUAUUAUCAGUAUUAUUAACGAGAUAAAUACAACAACUGGAUCUAAUAUAUCAAAGUCCAAUAAUUGUCUUGGCGAAGAAGAAAAUUAUAUUCAAGAUGAGCUUUUCCUAAGCAAGCUUAAAAACUGUAGUUUCUUCAAUCAGUCACUACUUUCCAAUGUUUCCUGCUAUUCUAAGUCAAUUUCCAACACAUCAGAUAACAGCGUAAAGAAUGGCAUGAAUAACAGUAAAUACGUUCCACUGUAUGAGUAUUUAAAGGACGACAAAAUUGAUGUGGUUACAGUUUAUAAAAAGUGUAAUAAGUUAAGCACAAUAACACUAAAUGAAGUUAAAAACCGCCAAAAGUAUAAUAAUUAUAUAAACCUAUUAAUAAAGUGUUAUAACAUGAAGAAUGAACUGAUCAAGUCUAUUAACCAGUUCAACAGGGAUGUAGUAAACUUUAAAGCCUACUAUUUGGAUAAUGUCAACAACGUAAACUACGACAUAGUAGACAGAGUUAACAAGUUUCAUUACUCCAAGUAUAACAUUUACUAUUUCCUAAUGUCACAAAUCCCCAAUUCUUCCCCAUCUAACCCAAUAAAUAUCGAAACGAUUGAUACUAUUAAUCCAUUUAAUAGUGAUGUGGUCCACUCUGAAGUGGUUGGGGGUAAUGGUGAGCCGGAUAAAAAUACUCAUGUUGAUGCGGAAAAAACAAUUAGUGAACCACUAUCAGCGACAAGUUUUACUGAUCUCGCGAGUACAGUUGUAGGUUCAGAUCCUUCAACAUGUCCACUUAACACAGUUAAUACACCUGAAGAGACAACUACCAGCUCAGUAUAUUCUUUAGGUACCACUAAAACGGAUACACAAAACGAGGAUGUGGUUGAAAGCUGUAAGACCAGUGAUAAUAACAUUGAAAUAACUGAACAAUAUGGCAAGGAGAAUAAUAGGAUCGUUUUGAGGGAGUUGAAUAGUAAGCUGUGUAAGAAACUGACGAAAACUAUUAUGGAUACUUUGACCGAUGCCAAUGAAUAUUCGAACGACUAUUUAUCAUACGCCAGAAGUAUGGUAGAAUUCACUUCUAGAAGCGUUGAACCAUCAGCAGACAAGUUCGAUAACAAAGGCGAUGAGAUAAAGAAGUACAUUGGAGAUAAUAUAAACCAUAUAUUACGCACAAUCAGCAGUUUAACACCUGAUAAUACCGUGAGCCCUGACAGCCAGAUCCAAACCUUCACCUCAAGAUUGACUCCGCUUAGAAGUAAACAGUUUGAAAGUUUUGAUGAUAACAUACUGUUAUACAUCAAUAAUAUGUACAUAAUAUCAUUGCUGUAUGGAUUGAACUAUUACACCAAUGUGAGCUCAGUUUCCGCUAGCCACGAAGUUAGUUCCAGGAAACUAAGCCAGGAAAAUGUUGAGUCCUGUGAUGGGAAAAUGGCCGAAGAAUACCUAUCACAUGUGAUAAUAAAGUCCGAUAAGUACGUCUGCGUCCAUACAGGAAGUAGUGAGUUGAUAAUACCCAAUGAUAAACUGGAAGACUACGUAAUGGCAAGACUGAAGCUGAGUGGACUUAUUGUACAUAAAGUGAGUUGUGUUUUAUUGGGGCCAGUUCAGACGCCUGGAACACUUUACAUCACUAGGAACAAGUUGGGCUUUCACUCGCAGUUCCAACGCAAGUUUUUCCUGAACAAGAGACAAUUCCAUACCAUCCGCUUCGCGGAUAUCACUGACCUUAACAUUGAUUACAAUAAGAUUUAUAUUCAUACGGACUCGAGUAAGACCGGGUCCCUGUGUUCUAAUACGAAAAGUUACACCUUUAUGAUUUUGGACGCCAAUAUCGAAACUAUAAUGCAGUACAUAAACCAUUACAAGCAUAAUAGUCUGAAUGGAAAUUUGAGAUUGAAUAGCACCAUUUGUUCCGAUUAUAUUUUAAAUUACAUAGUAAAUAAUUACAAGAUAUUGUACAGUCCCAAGACUCUGGUUUAUAACUGUAAUGUCAACAUGGACUUGUUCGAGUUCUAUAAUCUUGUCCUAAAUCACAAUAAUGAAUCUUCCUUUGUGUCAAGGUCAAAAGAAGUUCUUGGGUUUAAGGAGUGCAAACCUUGCGUCAACAGCUUUAUUAACCCUGCAGCUAUCAUUAAAUCCAUCAAAUCUGCCCAACUAAGCAGUAGUUUUGACAAUUUGAAAUCUCAAAAUGAUAAUAGUCCAAACAUUAAUUCAGACACUUUUGGUAAUUUUGGUAAUUUUGGUAGCUCAAGUAACCUGGGUAACUUAGACAACAGUGUAGAAAAUGAAGAUAAUUUUCUGACUGUGAAGUUGAAGAACGGAGAGAUAAUGAAGGGGCUAUACACCAAGAGCGAGAUGAAUUACAAUAUAAAGAACAUCAAUUCCAAGUUUUUUAACAAGAAAAUAACCACUUGCGAGAAUUUGUGCUACGUUUUCCUCAACGACGUUACCAUUUAUCAGUCAGUCACGACCAUCUCCAACUCGCCUUUCUCCAAAUACUUUUACACCGUUUACACCAUUAUAGCCACCUCGAUGCACCCUAAUGAUUUCCCGUUUGAUGCUUUCAACUCACUCAUUUCUAACUAUCGCUCAAAUCAAACGACAUCUAACCCAAUCGAGAACCAGAAGAAUUUAAAUGAGUUAAUUGUGGAGAAAUCAAAGGAACUAGACCGACAUAUUAAUAAAGAUUAUAGAGAAGAUGAGUUGAGAAUGGAGAAUGAGAAACAAGACCAAAAGCUUAAUGAAACUUUGGAUGAAGAUUGCAACUCUACCAAAGAUAACAUUGGGAAAUCAGAUGAAGAAAGUGAGCACAAAAAAGUCGGAAAACAGUUUGAGAAUAGUAGUCGGAGCCCUAGGAGUGAGUUGAAUGUGAAAAUAUACGCAGAUGUCGUGUUUAACAAGAAGAUUGUAUUUGAGAAGAUGAUCAGGAAUGAAGCCAAGGCGAGAAUGGUACAGGCAACAGAAAUCAUAAGCAAGGAGCUUAACAAGUACAAAGUAAGCCAUAGUGCCCAGAAUACAAAACUAUCCAAUUUGGAAGCUAAUAACCAAAACAAGCUGAUUUUGUUCUUCCUGCUCAUCAUCUUCAUUUGUUACAUGAAUAUAUACUAUUAUACACUGUGCAUAUUGUAUAUAAGUAGUGAAAUGAUAUUGAGUGGGUUAUUUUUUAUUAGUUUUUUCAAUACGUUUGUAGAGUUGGUUAUAGUAAACCUUGAGCAAAUAAAAGAAAAUCCCGCCAAUCGUCCUUUUAUUUCCGUCCAUCUUAACUAG